AAGCUGGUGAUGCGAGGGAGGGAGGAAAGAGACUGAACAAGAGCUCUUCUGGGGUUGAAAGUAAAUACCGAUUUGACAAUCUUUUGAACAUGGGUCACGUCCUUUGGAACGGUCCGCAACAAGAGAUGCUUGUCGCCUACACCGAGACAGAAGAGAAUCCACGUAAAUAUAGACUCGUCGAAUGGAGCAUUUUCGCUGAGAAGCUCGCCAACAACCGUUCGUAG